AAAGUGAACAGUGUUGUCCAGUCAACCCAAAUGCAAAGCGGCCACAGUAAUGGCUUUUGACUCGGAACCAAGUGGUAUUUCGCCUCCAGUUGCCGGAAUAUUAAUAGCUGUAAUAUCAAGUUUCAUCAAUGGGUCGACAUUUGUGCUUCAGAAAAAGGGAAUAUUACGCUCCCGCGACAGAGGAGGGUCGUACCUCAGAGAUGUGGUGUGGUGGAGCGGCACAAUGUCCAUGGUUAUUGGUCAGAUUGGGAACUUCCUGGCGUACAACGUGGCCCCUGCUGUGAUAGUUACACCACUGGGAGCCCUUGGAGUUUUAUUUGGGGCUGUUCUGGCCUCUUGGAUCUUGAAGGAGCAUCUAAACAUCCUGGGGAAGCUCGGCUGUGUGUUAUGUUGCUGCGGCUCUGUUGUGCUCGUCAUUCAUGCCCCUAAAGCGGAGGCUGUAACGUCGAGACUGGAGCUGGAGGAGAGGCUGUCAGACCCAGUGUUUGUGGUGUACGCCCUCCUCGUGGUCCUGCUUCUGGUCACUCUAAUCGUGCGGAUUGCUCCAGCUCACGGUAAAUCAAACAUCAUGGUGUACGUCGCCAUUUGUUCCCUUCUGGGAAGCUUCACCGUCCCGAGCAGCAAAGGACUCGGCCUGGCAGCCCAAGACGUGUUUGGCGAGGGGCCGCCGAGCGGCAGAGCUCUGGUUCUCUUCCUGGGCUUGCUGGGGACGCUGGCCGUCAGCAUCCUGAUACAGUUCUUCUUCAUCAAUAAGGCCUUGGAGUGUUUCAGCUCCAACAUGUUUGAAGCCAUAUACUACGUGACGUUCACCUCCACCGUGAUUCUCGCCUCCGCUCUUCUCUUCAAAGAGUGGACUGCGCUAACAUUGACCGACACCCUCGCCAUGCUUUGCGGUUUAACGACAGUGUGUGUCGGGGUCGUUUUACUGCGCAUUUCCCAGGAGGCUUUGGUGACCUGGAAGAAGAAGGAAGCACGGGACAAGACAGACUGAUUGAGACUUUUGUGCCAUAUUGUAUUUCUUAUUAACAGUCUACACUUGUUUUGUACCUUGUUAACUCCAGUUUCAAUGACCGACACUACAGUGUAUUCAUAACUAGUUCCACCUAACAUUACACUUGAAUCCUCUCUCAGUUAUUGUUUAAUCUACAAAUACCACUGACUGUUAAAUGCAUAACUGUUUUCUAGAUAAUCAUUCCUGUUUUAAUUUCAUUAUUAUGAUGCAACUGAUCUUCAUGAAGUUUGUUAUUGCCCUUCAGGUGAGCUUUUAAAGGCAAACUCAAACACGGCCCAGGGACCAACAGUUCAUUUGUCAAUUUUCGCAUUUUUACUCAUUUUAAACGGUUAGACGGAGGCUUACCAAACAACUGAUAAACUACAAAUAAUUCAAGUCUUUAAGAGGUUUGUUAAAUGCUCCUUUCUCCCCAGGCCAGACUGUCUCAGCGUAGAAUCACCUGCACUUUGACUGAUUCAGUGUGCCUGUGAAUUAUUCAGUGAAAUUUCAGAAGCAGCCUGUUUAGUGCAGGGGUUGUACAGACGAUGAGUAUCAACAGUGGCGGAGUGUUUUGUCAAAUGGAUGGAUUUGUAAAGCUGAUAUACCAAAUACAAACUAUUGUUCUGCAGCCACUAAUUGUUUUCUGGUGAUAUUAAACGUGUGGCUACGUGUUAUGUUUGUGUAAUUCAGACAUUGUUUAGAUUAUGAAUUAUUUAUUUACAUCAUAAAAAUGUUCACUCUCAUUUCUGCUACUGUGUGUGUCAGAGAUGGUUUUAAUGGUGAUGCCUAGUGACUUGGCAGUGCAACGUAAACUUGCAACUGCUGUGCUGGCAUUGACAAGUCACUGUCUUUACAAGCUCUAGGGUUAGCGUUUGGUUGAAUUGCUUGAAGGAUAAAAUUAAAUCAAACUAGUUGCAUGUCAGCAUCACGUGUAAAACAUCUUUUUCCAUCAUCAUGCAAUCAUUGCCUUGAAUCUGCACCGUCAGGUUUCUGGGGCAAGAAACAGACGUAAAUACCUUCGACAUCAUUCCUCUCUAUAGAUGUUGGAGAUUAGCCUGCAACUAUUUUUAUUGACAGUUAUUUGCCCAGUUGAUUCAUCACUUUGUUUACAGAUUGAAUGUCUGAUGUGUCGUUUUAUGUGAUCAACAGCCCACAACUGCUAUGUAUUUCAUUCACUAUCACUGGAAAAUAAGAAAAUCUUCACAUUGGAAAAGCUGAGAUCUGAGAUUGUUUGACAUUUUUGCUUGAAAAAAAUCAUCAUUCAUUAUAAUAUAUUAGUUAUCAAUUAAUUUUCUGUCAAACAAAUAAUUGAUUAAUUGGUCAUUUCAGUUCUAUGGAAUUAUUCAUAGAUAAAUGAUGAAUUGAAAUCUCCUGUUUCCUCCAAUGAUAAAACUAUAAAAUACAUAACUAUAAAAAAAACUAUCUAAAUAAACUAUUAGAAAACAAACAAUAAAAAUAAAAUGUUUCCUCCAAUUUAUUUCAUAAAACAGACACACAUCAUGAAACUAGUAAGUUUAAUAGUUGCCAUGAUGCUAUAGUCCCUAUCAUUAGUUAUGUAUAUUUAAAAAAGUAUUUUCAAUUGUUAUUAUUAUUAUUUUUUUAUAUAUAAUUGAUGGUGUG